UCCCUUCGGCGAUCCACGGUGUUGUCUCGCGAUUAAACGGCGUCGCGAGCGUGCACACCUGCAUAACGUCGGCCCUCGCUAUCAAGCGUUGGCCGUUGCGCGUUGUUUGUCCGGCGCGUUCUUCACCAGCGACUCCGCUGGCGAUCUGCAACUCUCGUUCGCCAUGCCACUCGCGCCGUCUGCCCAAUUGUCGCGCCGCCACAGCAGCAGUCAGCGCUCGGAAGGUGUCGUCUGCCUCUAGACCUUCUCCCUACAGAUGCAGCAGGACGCAAACAACAGGGCGGGCGCCGAGCCCGUCGCCGAGGGACUGCUCCCCGAGAAGGACGACGCCGGGGACGGCGAAGGGAACGUCGCCGCGUACGAAUGCGCCAUCGGCCGGCUCCGCGCGCCCCUCUUCCGGCGUCUGGUCACUCCCAGGUGCUUCCUGCUCCUCUUCUGCGUCCUGGGCAUCCUGCAGGGGGCCUACCGGACCUACUUCAUCGGCGUCCAGUCGACGGUGGAGCGCCGCUUCGCCAUCCCGUCCAAGGCGAUGGGCCUGGUGCUGACGGCCGAGAACGUCAGUCCCGUGCUGGCCGUCAUCGCCGGCUACUACAGCGGCGGCGAGAACUACAACCAGCCGCUGUGGCUGGUGUUCGGCAUGCUCACGGUGGUGCUGAGCUGCGGCCUCUGCGUGCUGCCGCACUUCGUGUUCGGGCCGGGCCUGCCGCUGGCGCUGUCGCGCAUGGCUCCCGGCCAGGAGACGGCCGCCGGGCUGGCGCCCGGAGCCGGCGUCGGUGCGCUGUGCGGCCAGGCUAGGGACGACGAGGACUGCCUGUCCAACAUCAACCUGGAGGGAGACGUCACCAUCUUCAUCAUGUUCAUCGCCAACCUGCUCAACGGCUUCGGCUCGGCCACUUUUUACGUGAUCGGCAUGUCGUUCAUGGACGACAACGUGAGGAGGAAGAACUCUCCGAUGUACUUCGGCACGAUGUUCGCGCUCCGCCUGUUUGGACCCUCCAUGGGUUUCUUCUUGGCAUCGUACUGCCUGUCCCAUUACGAGAUACCUUACGUGGACCCGGGCAUCUUGAAGAGGGACCCGCGCUGGAUCGGCGCGUGGUGGCUGGGAUACGCCUUCAUCGGUGUCCUGGUCAUCGUCUUCUCAUUGCCCAUGCUGCUCUUUCCCAGGAAGUUGUGGAAGACCAGGAUGGCUGACAGCGACCACAAGGUCAGCCUCGCCUCUGGCACAGCGGCCGUCGACGCUUUCGAGCUGAAGGAAGUCGUGAGAAGACUUCUGGGCAGUCCGCUGUUCAUCUGUCACGCUGCCGCACUGGUGUUCACCGUGAACGGGCUCAUGGGCUUCCUGCUUGCGACGCCCAAAUACAUGGAGACGCAGUACAGGCGCUCGGCGGCUACGGCCAGCCUCUUCUCAGGAUCGGCCUCUCUGGUCACCAUGCUCCUGGCCGUUCUGUUCAGCGGCGCCGUGGCGCGGAGGCUGAAGCCGGGCGCCGGAAUCGUGUCCGCCUACAUCUUGGUCGUCGACGUGCUCCUGCUCGCCUGCUUCGCCGCCUCUCUGCUGCUGGGCUGCCAGCAGCUGAACGUGGCCGGCACGGCGCUACCCAGUGGCGAGCUGAACCUGGUCAACGAAUGCAACUCCCGGUGCUCCUGUAGCACGGAUGUGUUUGAGCCUGUGUGCGGACCCGACGAGGAGACGAACUACUUCUCGCCUUGCUUCGCAGGAUGCCACAAUUUCAACAACUCAGACACCAAGCAGCUGCUGGAUUGCCAGUGCCUACUGGGACCGGAAGGCACGAGCUACACGUCAAACGCGACCGCCGGCUUCUGCUUCAACGAGUGCACCAUGUUCGUGCCUUUCGUCGCGGUGCUCGGCCUGGCAAGAAUGGUCUUCGCUACGUCCAAAGCUGGCAGCGUUCUCAUCGGCAUCAGGCCCAGCUGCCUUCACCCAAGAGAGGAGAAAAUCGCCAUCGCGGUCCUGCUCACGCUGGGCUCAAUUUUCGGUUUCAUCCCGUAUCCGGUAAUCUACGGGGCCAUCAUGGACAGGUCUUGCCUCGUCUGGGAAGUGAACUGCGGCGCGCGCGGCAACUGCUGGGUCUACGACGCGGCCACGUUCCGCUACCUGCUCCACGGCGUCUCGAUGGGCUUCAUCGCGCUCGGGGCGUUCUUCAGCCUCGCCGUUUACGUGUUCGGACGUAACUCGUGCCAUCUGCGCGCCGACCUGCAGGAAAGCGGAGACGAGGACGAGGACGUGGUCUUCAUGCGUCACAUCGGACACCCCGGCAUAACGCAUGCCACGUGAUCGGCGCUGCACACUCGCGCAUGCGCGUUCUCCGCCAUACUUGCCGUUCAUAGCGAGCUUUUCUUGCUCCACGCGACGAACUAGAACUGUCCCUGCACGCCCCGAGUUGCGGCGUAUAGAUAGUUUGCACGUGACGUCAUGGACGCAGCUUCUCACUUUGCUGGUCCUCCAACAUGGCGGAUAGGAAGACGUCAGUGUACCAUAUUCACUGUCACCGGUAACCUGCUUCAAUGUCGCGGAGACGCGGUCGGAACGCUGCUGGCAUCUGCGCUAGAACCACGGCAGAAUGUGCAGAACCACCGCGCGAGACCGCAACGGACGCAGCUUCUCACCGCGUGCUCGUGCUCCUACACUGCGGCUAGGAUGACGUCAGUGCAAGCCAUCCAUAGGCAGUGGCGUAGCAACGGAGGGGACCGGGGGGCCGUGGGUCUCGGGUACA